UAAUUAGGUAAAAAGGUAGAAAACAAGCGUAGGAUUUUCUAAUGAAAGCUGUUAUAAUCGUUCAAGUUGUAUUCAAACACGUGCAGCGUGCAAUUCAAUAUUUUCUAGAAUCUUUUUCUUGCGAGAUUUCUUAAUAAGAUGAGUGAUUUUUUUUUUCCAUUUUCUCACUUCCCCAACGCAAUUGAAUACCCUUCAACUGGAAUAAACUUUUAAUGUAUGCCUCUGCAUCCUAUUCGCAACAUAAAAAAAUGAAAGUUAAAACAUCAAAACUUUUGCGCUCAUUAAAACAGUUUAAUACCAUAAAACUUCAGUUUUUUCUUCGCGCCAAUUUACAUACAUACAUACAUAUGUAAAUUUGUAAAAAUAAUUUACCAACGAGCAAUACAACUGCCUCUAUAAACCCCACAACCACCACUAAUAAAAGUCUCAUUAAAAAUUCAUAAAUACAUACAGGUGCUGCGGUGCAGAGCGCCACCCGAGCGCCGGCCUUCAACAAGGACAAGUACUUCACGUUGCUCGUACUCGACGACCAAAACACCGACUGGUCGAAGUAUUUCCGUGGCAAGCGCCUGCAUGGCGACUUCGACAUACGCGUAGAGCAGGCAGAAUUCCGGGAUAUUUCGCUCACUGCCAGCGCUGAAACUGGACCCAUCAUUUCCAUGGCUGUCUACCGUGGCGGUACCAGGGUGGCACGCUCGUUCCGACCGGAUUUCGUGCUGAUACGCCAACCGCCACGCGAUGGUUCCAAUGAUUACCGCUCGACUUUAAUUGGAUUAAAGUAUGGCGGAGUGCCCAGCAUUAAUUCUUUGCAUUCAAUUUAUCAAUUUCAAGACAAACCUUGGGUAUUUGCGCAUUUGUUGCAGUUGCAGCGUCGCUUGGGACGUGACGCCUUUCCUUUGAUUGAACAAACCUUUUUCCCCAAUGCCAGGGAUUUGGUAAGUGCAUUUAAAAUUUGAUUAUCAAAUAUUUGCAAUAUGUAAUUAAAAUGCCAAGUGUGUUGGAGUAUUUGUACAAUUACGAAUGUGGCUUUAUUACAAUAAAUACAAAUAACAGUUAAUCAUAUAUUUAUGUACAUACAUUAAAGCUCUAAUUAGGCGAAAAAAAACUCUGAACAGUGAAUGGAAAUGAAGCUUGCAUACGUAAUGAGAGCUUUAUGUGUAACUCGAACUCGUAAGGGAAAUUAAUUAAAAAUUAAUAACCGUAAAAAAUGAAAAUAAUGAAAGGACUCUUAAAAUAAAAU